UGUUCUUUCAGAUGGACGCGUUGAUCUGAUUUACAACUCUCAGCAAACAAACACAUCUAGUAAUAAUAGUGAGCAUUUAUCUUGAAAGGGCUAGAGCUGGGAAGCGGAAGUACGAGGUUAGCCUAGCGCGAAUUUCUUGCAUUGUAAGGCGGUGCUGUACUCCAGCUCCUUGUAGUUGUUGGAGAAACCAAAGUCCUCUCUUAUGUAGCGUCCAGUUAGCUACAGUCAGAUAUUUCAAGGUAUCCGGGUGACACUUUAGUUUUGUUGUUGGAAAACAUGGCGGAGCUGAUGGAUGGUGACCUGGAAGACGGAGAAAUUUCCGGCUCGGACUCUGAGAUGGGAGGCGCUGCGGCCGAACAAGCUCGGGGUCUUUCGGCGUUCAGCGGGGACUCCUUCCAGCACAGAUCUGCUACUGUUAACCAGCCUCCCGCCGCCGCCUAUCGGAGCUCCUCCAAGGCGGCGGAGUCUAGCGACAGUGAUGCGGACUCGUCAGACGAGGAGGCCGCCGUGUGGCGUCGAAAGCGGCUAAAGGUGUCAAACGCCCCGCCGCCGGCCGCCUGUCCCGCGCGGUUCGGUCCGCCCCCCGUGUCCGCCUGCGGGGCGCCUGGAAGCCGCAAGGUGAACAACAUCUGGGGCUCCGUGGUGCAAGAGCAGUGCCAGGAUGCCAUAACCGCGGAGCUGGGUGUGUUUGGCAUGGAGGGCGUCAGCAUGGCCAGCAGAAGUGUUGAGACUUAUAACUUCGUCUUGGCUCGGAAGAUGAUGGAGAAGGAGAGGGAGAUGGAGAGGCUAUCUAGGCAGGAAGGAGAGGAGAGCAUGCUGGAUGCUGAUCUGGAGGAUUACAUGAAAGGCCGAGGGUCAGAGGACAGAGCAGGGGGUGACGGUAAGAGAAAGCGGCCUGCCAAAGACAGAAUAGGACCUAAAGCUGAGAUGGACAUCAAGGGCCGGUAUGAGAUCACAGAGGACGACCCAGACGAUAAGGUGGUGGAGGAGAUCGCGUACAGACUGCAGGAACCGAAGAAAGAACUGAUCGAGCGAGUGGUCCAGGUCGUUGGGAAGAAAAAAGCCAUAGAACUGCUGGGAGAGACUGCCACGCUGGAGGAAAACGGUGGCAUGUACACUAUGGACGGGAGCAGGCGGCGAACACCUGGCGGAGUGUUCCUCAACCUGCUGAAGAACUUGCCCAGCAUCAGCAAGACCCAGAUCAAGAAGAUCUUCCUGGAGGAGCACCAGAGGGACUGCAAGAGCAAGAAGGCGGCGCAGAAGAGAAGGCGGCACGUGCUGGCCAAGAAGAUGAAGCAGGCCAUCGGUACGCUGAACCUGCAGGAACAUGACGAUGUCUCCAGGGAGACGUUUGCCAGCGACACCAACGAGGCCUUGGAGUUGCUGGAGGAGCCUGCGGAGGGAGGGGAGGAGGGGGAGGAAGAGGCGAAGGAGGAAGCUGCUGCUGGGACUGAGGAGACACCUGUGGUCUACAACUCUGCAGACCUGGAGGUCUUCUGAGGGGGGAUUCCAGCGAGAACAAAAGUAACUCUUGACUACAGUGAAAAUGGCACAGUGAAAGCACUGCAUUUUGGAGAACGUCAAACUCUCCGACUCCGGUGUCUGUUUUUUGUUUAUAAUAAAAUAAUCUGUGCUGAUUUUUUAUUUUUUAUUUUUUUGUUCUGGCCUUUAAAUAAGUUUUGUCUGAACCUUUUGAUGUUUUCUCCAGCUACAGUGACCUUUAUCACUGUAGCUGGGGUUGGAUUCUGAUCUAUUAAACUCAUUACAAAACA